CUCCAUGAUGGGAUGAAAGUUGCAAUUAAGUUGAUCAAUCAAGCAGGAAAGCUGGAGAAGAGGAAUAUAAAGUUGAGAAGGGAGCUGAUGAUCUAGAGGGAAAAGCAUAUUGGUUUCAUCAUCUCUCCAACUUCCAAGCUGCGCAGAGAAAUUUCAGUGCAACGGCAACACCUUUUCAGUCAUUGCAAAAUGGCAGCCUCAAUAAAUCCAGAGAAAUUCAUGGCCAAGUUGCUGGAUCUUCUGAGCAAAGCCAAGGACCUCACCACCACAGAGGGUGAAGCUGUUCGAAAUAUUGAAACGAAUCUCCAAAGGGUGAAAAAAGAGGAUUUUCUAGCCAGGGUCAAGCUCUUCGAUCAAACUGUUUUGAAGCAGUUCACUGCCGUAGAACGCCGCCUUGGAAAGAUUAUCUUGCCAGAUGAGACCCCUAACCCCGAUAUCAACGCAACCAAAGAGGCAUUAGAUCUCAUUGAUAAAGAUGUCCAGAAAAUAAUCGAUGACUUAUCCCUUCUAAAGGAGUGUAUGCCCUCCCCUGAACGCAUUUCAGAGUCACACUUCCAUCGGUUUAAGCCUGAUCAAUCAGGUUUAGCUCAGAAAAUGUCCGAAGACUGGUCACAACUUGACCUGGAGAAUAGGAUUGAUGAGAGUAAUGCCAUAGCUAAAAUAAGGAGGACUUAUGAUGAUCUUGAGAACUUGGAAUUGAAGAUGUGCUUCCUCUCUUUCUCAAUCUUCCCUGAUGGUUCUAAGAUAAAGAAGAGGCCUCUAAUUUACUGGUGGAUUGGUGAGGGCUUCAUAAAAAGCACUCCAGAGAAGACAGCAGAAGAGGUAGGAGAAGAAAUCUUUGAGAAACUUAUCACAAGGGGCUUCAUUAAUGGAACAUACUCAAACGCAUCAUCAAGGGCAGUUGUGAUAGAUUGUACAAUACACCCUUGGAUUCGUCGCAUGUUGAUCUCCUUGGCAAGCAAGGCUGGGCUCUUCAACUUUGGUUCACGAGGUAUGUCAACUUGUAGGCGUGCAUGCUUAGUUUUUGAUCCCACAGAUACUCAGGGUGAUGCUGGCCUGAAAGUGGAUGAUCUAUUGACUGUAUUCAAUGUAAAUGUUCUAUAUCUUAAUUUAAAGAAAGAAUGGCUUAGUAAGUUGAACAAGGUUGCAGUUCUUCAGCUAGGACAGUGGCAGAACUCCACUAAAUAUCACAUUGAACUGGAAGACGAAGGGUCACUGAAAGGUUUGAGGGCUCAGAAGCACUUGAAGUAUCUUAGCUUCCGAGGAAUAUCAAGAAUUACUGAACUCCCUUCUUCUAUCUUUCGUCUUACAAGCCUUGAAAUUCUGGAUCUCAGAGCAUGUCACAACUUAGAGAAGUUGCCUCCGGAUAUUUCAUCAUUAAAGAACCUCACACAUUUAGAUUUAUCGGAGUGCUACUUGCUAGAAGGCAUGCCAAAAGGGCUUGAGAAACUCUCUUCUCUCCAAGUACUGAAAGGUUUUCUCAUUGGCUCCAAGAAAAAUACUCCUUGCAGACCUGGUGAACUUGCCAAGUUAACAAAUCUCAAGCGGCUCAGUAUACACAUUGGGAAUGAAGCUGUAGUUGAAGAAAAGGAAUUCAAAAAUUUUAAGAACAUUUUAUCUCUUCGCCGCCUCAAAAUAUCCUGGGGAGUGGUUUCUAAGAAAUUAAAGGACAAAAUUGAGGAGUGCAUGGAAUUCUCGUUUCCACCUGACUUAGAAAAGUUGGAUCUUCAAGGCAUCUGAUCGGUUCAUAAUUGUAUAUCAUUUUGUACCCUUCUAGCUUAUGAUUUGGUUAUGUUUUUGAG